AUGUCUGCCAUAGAGACAGCCCCUACCGAGGAGGUGGCUUCGCCUGGCCCUGCCUUCCCGCCUCUGGAGACGCCUGAGGCAAAUCCCGUGUGGGCCGAGGAGAGCCCCUGGUGCUACUACAGCAGGCCGGCCACGCUGCUUGUGGUCGGCGGGCUGCUCGUGGCCGGCAGCGCCGCCAUGGGCGCGCUCCACUUGUCCCGGCACGCCGCCAUCCCGCACGCCCUGGGGCCCGUGUGCCUCUCCAUUGGCCUCGUGUUCCUGGUGACCGGCAUCGUGUGGAUGCCCGUGGCCGCCCAGACCGCGCGGCACAAGGGGCUCCUGAGGGCGCCCGCCUACCGCUUCUCGGUGCUGCUCUUCAACUGCCUGCUCACCUUCGGCUCCUACUUCUGCUUCGACAUCCCGGGCGUGCUGCAGGACCAGUUCCAAGGGAAUUUGACCUGCCCCAAUGGAACCCAUCCUAACAGCACCGGACCAAACAGCACAGUGGSUUGUGUUGAAGGCUUAGGGAUGACACCUGCACAGUACAACUUGCUGUAUGCCAUCUACGCUUGGACAAAUGCAGUAGUGGUGAUUCUGGCUGGAUUCCUGAUCGAUAAACUGGGAAAUCGCUUUGGUGUCUUUGUUUUCUCCCUUCUGACUGUGCUGGGAUCGUCGAUCUUUGCGCUGGGCUCUCAUUUCAAGGGGUCACCAUAUCUCCUGCCACUGAUGCUGACAGGGAGGCUGCUCUUUGGCUCUGGAAAUGGAUCCCUUACUAUUGUGCAGAACCGUAUCACAGCCGUCUGGUUCAAAGGGAAGGAGCUGGCACUGGCCUUUGGACUGACCCUCUCAUUCUCCCGCCUUGGAAGUGUCCUCAACUUCUUCUUCACCCAGCAGUUUGAGACACGCUUUGGAAUACAGUGGACGCUCUGGGGCGGUACCCUGCUGUGUGUGCUUGGCUUCCUUUCAGCCAUUGCAGUCAGCGUGCUAGAUAAAGUGGGCAUGAAGCAGCUUGGCUUGGAUGGGGUCAUCCAGCAAGAAUCCAAGAAAGUGCGCAUCCAGGACGUCCGACGGCUUCCCCUUCGCUACUGGCUCCUGGUCCUCACCAUCAUGUUCUUCUACAACGGGGUCUUCCCUUUCGUGGCAGAUGCCAGCAAGUUUAUCCAGGAUAAAUAUUCUGGCUACAGUCAGCAGGCAGCUGCUUAUAUCGCUGGGGCAGUGUACGACAGCUCCCUUGUUCUCUCUGCAGCGGUUGGCAUAUUAAUUGAUUACGUUGGACUGAGAGGCAUCUUUGCUGUGGGCUGUGCGGCGCUUACUCUGCCAGUCUUCGCUCUCCUGGCAUUCACGUUUGUCCCCCCACUAGUGGCUACCAUCUGGUUGGGGAUUACUUACUCCUUUGCUGCUGCUAGUAUGUGGCCAUCCAUACCACUUGUGGUGCCUCAAGCAACAUUAGGGACUGCAAUGGGACUAGCAACUUCUGUGCAGAUGGUUGGCGUUGGCCUUUCUAACCUCAUUGUUGGACACAUUCUAGGGACGAAGUCCAGUGAAUUAAAGAUCCCACUGUGGCGCUGGCAGCAGAUGAUGAUCUUUAUGUUGGCCAACACUAUUGCAUGUAUUGUUGCUUCUGUUAGCCUCAAUGUGGUGGACAAGAAGCAGGGAGGAACGCUGAACCGGACGCGGAAGGGAGCACCCACGGAGCAGGAGGAGAGACAGGGAGCAGAUCAGGCACCGCUCCUGGAGGAUGACACCAGGAAUGAAGGCUCCAGCGGCUGAUCCUGCUGCAGUGAGAGAAGAGGGAUGGCUGCCAGACACAGUAUUGAUCAUUUCUACUUGAAAGGGAAUUUUUAGCCUGUGCAUUUUAAACAUUCUUAAAGAGAAACCUCGUUCUGUCAUCCGUUAAGAUCUGUGAAGGAAAUUGUCUGCACAAAGGGAAUGUUUUCGGUUCUCUGUGUCUGGAACACAAGUGGAACAGGCCUGAGACACUAUUUUUGGUGUUCUCUGCCACAGAGAAACCCGCAGGAAAGGCUUUUAAGUAMCACCACCCCAGUAAGUAAAAUUAGCCAAAUAUAAGCAUGUUCAUAAGCUGUUAGAUAGUUUCUUUAAACUUUUUUCAAUCUUGCAUUAAAAUUGUCCCCAGGAGGGGCACCUGGCUGGACUGCUGCUGAUUCUCAGCCUCAGGCCUUCUGCCUGCGCAGCAGCAGCAGCAGCAGCAGCAGCAGCGCGCUCUUCCGCACGCUCAUAGUCCAGCCAUUGCCACAGAUCA